GUGAAUGCAACAGCUGGAGGACGUAGAUGCAGGAAUGAAAUGUUUGGUUAUGUGACUAUUGACUGAAUUACGUUAAGGAACCAUAGUUGGUCGUUGCUGCGUUGGAUGUUAUUAUUACGUUUGAAAACCCCCAAAUUUGUGUUAUGAGUGUAAAUGAGAUUGGGAACAGUAACAUGCGUAUGGUCCUGAAAAUGUAAUGUGUGACAUACAUGCACUGAAGAUAUAGUUCAGUAGUAUAUUGAAAAUUGCUGUUAAAUGGUGAUGCAACAACAUGGAAAUGGACGAGAUAGUACAUCAUAUUUUUGGGAGGGAGAUUGAGAUGUCCAAAAUAUGUGAGCCUGAUCCUUCAACAUCAUCAUCACUUUCAAAAAAGUCAAAGUGUAUUGAAUGUGUUUACCAGUGGGUGAACAGACUGAUGGAAGAGAUGGGUCCACUGCAAGACAAGCGAGUAUUUCCUGUUGAUACAAGAGAAGGAAGAUUAGGUCCUGCUACAGUCUGUUUGGAUACCACCUCGCAUGUUGGGCUGUUCGUUGUUGGUGCAGAUCGACUGAGCAUAAAUUCUCAAAGUAACUUCAGCACCAUUCGAGCCAAUGUUUGUCUCUACAGAGGUAAAUGGCAGUAUGAAGUCCAAUUGGGUUCCAAAGGUGUCAUGCAAAUUGGGUGGGCCACCAGUUUUUGUAAAUUCUCUCAGGAAACUGGUGUUGGGGACACAGUCCACUCCUUUGCAUACGAUGGCAACCGUGUCCGUAAGUGGAACGUUUCGACACACAGAUAUGGAGAGGCCUGGCUUAGUGGGGACAUUGUCGGAUGUACGAUUGAUCUGGAUUCUGGAGUACUGGAAUUUUACAGGAAUGGAAGGUCCAUGGGGAAGGCCUUUGACAACAUCCAGAUUGGACCGGGCAUGGCCUACUUUCCUGCUGUCAGUCUAGCAUUUACAGAAAAUCUGGUGGUAAACUUUGGCUCAACUCCGUUGAGGUAUCCGGUUCCAGGUUUUGAGCCAAUUCAGGAAGCAUUGUUUCAUGAUGUGGCUAAGGCAGAACAGCUUUUCAAAUGGCUCUCGCAGCUUCUCGUGCUAUUCGACCAUAAGUUUGAGAUGCGAGGUCAGGAUGUAUCGCAGUCUGAUGAACCAAUUACCAACCAGGCCCUGUUGAUGGGGCUUGCUCGGAUUUUUCUCCACCCUCUGGCUCCUUUACUACUGUCCCCAUACAUCACUGAAGCCUGCCUUGUUCCAUUCCUCAAGAGUCUCUGCAACCUCUCGUCAGUCUCCGGGCACUCCGAGAACAAGACCCCAAGUGACAAGAAGCGUAGACUCAUGCUGUUCCUGGACAUGAUGUGGGCGUUCCUAGAGGAGCAUGAGUUGAAAAAGUGCCUAGAGAGUGUCGUGACCUGCUUGCUGGCAAGGUUCCGACAAGUGUCCUUUGUUCUGGACUAUCCACAUCAGAAGCAAUCUCUCCUACUCCUCUUGUCUCUUGUACACCACCCUCGAACCAGGCAACAUCUGCUUGAGAACGUACUCUUCGAUAAAGUGAGGUUUGCCAACUUUCUUCAUGUGAAACCACUGGAUGAGGGUGGUUUAGUAGAGGUCGUGAACCAUACCUGGUGGGAUAACAAUUGUGAAGAUCAGAGAGUGGAACGGAAUAGGGCCUCCUACUUCAUGGCAUGUCAGAAAAUUAAGGAAGCCAUAGCAAGUGUGGAAACUCUGCAGAUAGAGCUCCUGAAAACGCUGUUGGACAAUUCUGAUGGCACCACUACACAAGCAUCAUCCAGGAAGAUAUUUCUGCGUAAAUUUCGAACGUUUCUGCGUGAGAAUGUCCUGUCUAGUCGAACAUUGUUGCUUCUUCAGAUUCCUCUCCCUAUAACCCUUUGCUGUUUUCAUCGCCUCCUCGUUACCUUUCGUGCCCUAUGGGAGCUUGAAGUGGGCAAGUACCCUAUUGUAAUUCCAGCAAGAACUUUUUAUGAUGGUUCAGUCAAUUACUACAACAUUGAUCGUCUGGGUGGUGUGCUUUCGCAUCUCAACAAGACUCUAAAGGUUGACCUCAUGAGAGUGCUGGGGCCAGAUCACUCUAUAAUGACAAAUAUAGAAUCAUCAGCAAGCCAGCCCCAGAACAUGGGUAUGGAAGCAGGUGCAGCAUUUAUCUCGAAUCCAUCUGUGAGCGUGGGACCACAGUUUACUGAUGGACAUGCCACUUUCAUGAUACCUGUGUUAGCACGCGUGUUGGCGCAGCAGCAGCCAUCAUCAAGCCCAACGUUGGCAGAGAGAGUUCCUGGGGAAGGGUUACAAGAACAGAAGGCAAAGGGUGGCUCUGUGGAUUCUGCAGCCUCACUCGUUGAGCUUCUAGAUGGUCUCGUUCUGUUCUACCAUGUGUCUGCUCACAAGCAGCUUGCCAAGGUGAGCACUCUGCGGGAAAGCAUGAGUGAGUACUCAACGGCGCUGGGCAGCGUUACUGCGCGGCUUGAUACCUACAGACAUCUGUCUCCUAAUAUGUCAGUUGAAGAGAACUCGGCUGAUAUUAUAUGUGAUUUGGAGCAAUCUAGUGGUGUUUUUGAGCAGAAAUUGAGUGAGCAGGCUCGCCACAUGGCAUGGGUUCGUGCUACAGUGUUUUCGUCUGACAAACAGAGUCAUCUGGCUUGGCUGUUAAGAGUGAUUCUACAGACAGUGAAACUGGCCUCAAAAGAAGGACAACUUUUUGCUUAUGUACCUGAUUUUUAUAUAGACUCCCUUGUUGAAAUAUGUGCUGCCCUGCGCACCUAUGUGCAUCCAACAUCUCCUCUAGAAAAUAUAGAAGGUUAUGAAGAUUUGCUUAUUGAGGUAUCUGAGUUCUUGUGUGACCAUUUCUCAGAUCCAAGAAUUGUACAUGCAAGUUCCAAAGACACAUUAAUACAAGCAUUGGCCAGUUUUGCUUGUAGCCCAAACACACUUUUGGCACUAGAGAGAGUUCCAUAUUCCAGUCGUAUGAAUAUGGUCCGGUCAUUGCUUCGUCCGUAUGAAAACCGGGCAUGGGCACAGAGCAACUGGGUUCUAGUCAGAAUUUGGCAAGGCUGUGGAUUUGCUUUCCGAUACCACAAGUCUCCGCAUCUUCUCUGGAAACAUGGACCUAAACUACUCCAGGCAGACUCUAGUCUCAUUAGCCAAUGCAUAAAGCCUUGUCCGUCGCGUCUGUUCCAAGGCCAUGUGAAGGAAGUGAUGAUGUCUGAUGAAGCUCUGACCACAGCAUUCCUUAACUCACUGCUGAAUCAGCUAAACUGGGCAUUCUCCGAGUUCAUAGGCAUGUUGCAAGAGAUUCAGAAUGUUUCCAGCCAUCCUGAGCGAGUUUUUAUCGAGUCAAGACAGCUUAAAAUUUGUGCCACUUGCUUCGAUCUCACGUUGGCGUUGUUAAGGGUACUUGAAAUGGUUGUGAGCAUUGCGCCAGAGAUCUUCACAGAUAUAAUGAGAAGUUCUUCAGAGCUGCUGCUAGCUCGACUCUGUCAGUUGCUGUGUCAGGUCCUGAAUCGCGUGAGCUCGCAGGCCGGUUGCUUCCAGCAUGUUGUGAUGUUGGACAUACCAGACCUUGAAACAGUGGACCAUUUUCCAAUCCUGGCUGCUGUAGUGGGAAUCCUGUUGGCUAUCUUACGUGAUGACAUUCAGAAGUUUGAUGUCAAAGUCAGUGUAGUGCCUGAAAUCACAAAAGUUCUUCUCACUGAACCGAGUUUCCAAUUGAAAUCGGUGAAUUUUGUCUUUGGUGACUUGCAGAAGGGAUCGAAGCUUCAGAAAAUGAAGCCCUUCUCUUUUUACAAUUAUUCAGAUGAUGUGAGUUUUGCAGAGAUAGAAGAGGUGAAACAAAUGAUUCAACUGCUGAAUUUUUACCAAGGACGACUAACAGAUGUUAGGACUUUAUCAGAAGAUGAACUUUGUACCAUUUGCUAUGCAUAUUCCAUCUCGGCCACCUUCAAACCAUGUAACCAUCAAUCUUGCAGAACCUGCAUUGCCCAUCAUCUGAUGAACUCAAGAGACUGCUUCUUCUGCAAGGCACCUAUUCAAUUUGUUAUUGGUCUUGAUGAUAAAAUGCUUCAUGAUUUAUCAAAACUUGAAAAUCCAGACGGUUAAAACUAUUUUGAUGAAAUUAUUCCUGUGUGUGUUGUGUAAAUGAUUAGUUUACACCAUUCAGCUUUCAUAGUAUGAUGAAGCAUAUGCAUAGUUAGCAUAAUAUGAGGUUAAGUAUUUUUUUUAAAAUGAAUUAUGAGAGAAAGUAUUUGAUUUUUAGAGGAUGUAAGGUAUUUAUAAAUGGCAAAUUUGAAAUUAUUUUUUAAUGUUAUUAAUUUAUAUUUCUUUAAUGCUACAGAGUUCUCACUUCAUUAAUCUUAAAUUUUUAAACAGAUCAUUAGUUCCAAUUUUGUGUUUGGUGUAGCUGCAGUAGGCUUUUAUAAUGAAACAAAUGAAGUUCAGUUUGCACCAGCAGUCUGUAAGAGUCUUUGUUAGCAUAUCAUAAAUAUGUAGUGUGAAGAGUGGGUUUUAUUUUGAAAAAUUAAUUGUGAAAGAGUUAAAUUUGUGAAGACAGAAAGUGAAGUAUUUGAGCAAUACAGAAUGUAACAUGGGUCUUGCCUGUCAGGAAAUUAGGUAUUGUACAUAUGUAUUAAAUAUGUAUGAUUUUUGCAAACAUGUUUAAAGUGACCUAGUAUAAAUACAUUAUUAAAAUAUAUUUUAAGCCAUUCUGAUUUUAACAAUAUACAGUGAAAUGUUUAUUUUUUCAGGUAAUUUUGCUAGUUCACAUCUUGUUCAGGAAUAUAUAACCUCAUUCUUGUCCAAGGUUUUCAUAGAUGUGGUAUAAUGUAUAACUUCAUCUUUCAGGGAUAAGCUGCUAGAUCUUUUAUAAGAACUUCCUUGCAUCUAAUAACCCUUAAGAUGGCAACUAAGUUAUUUUCCAAAAACUUUGAAAACCUCCAACAACUGUAAUGGCUUAUCUCAAAAAGUUGAAGCCACAUAACACAUAACCUAAUUUAAAAUAAAUUUGUAAUAAGAGAGAUGCAAAAACCACACACAGUAUUACAUUAAGUGCGGUUAAGAGGGCCUUUUCAAUGAUUGUAGCUGCCUAAUUUUGUAAUAUUUCUGGCCUGUAUUUAUCGGUUGUGGUUUGUGUUCCGAGUAUCUCGUGAACCAAAGCUAAUGCCCAUUUACUUAGUUCUUAGGCUGGUAUUUCAGUCAUUUUUGAUGGCAUUAUGAAAGACAUUUGUAUUGAAAGGACAUCAUGAUGAUAAUUCAUAUACAAGGAAUUUUCUCUUCUUAAUAGAAUAGUUUUCUGUAAUCGCUCUUUUAUGAAACUUAAAUCUUAUGAUAGAGGGUUCCCCUAAGUGCACUGUGAAAUGCAACUUUAUUUACUAGAUUAUACACCAUCUGCUUUAGCGCUUGCAGAACUGCUGGAUGCUCUAUUUUUAAAAACAAAUAUGCUGUGAUAAACUACCAAGUCUCUUGCUUGUGGUUUUUUCAUGUAUCCAUAUUCAAGUUAAAAAUUCUGAGGAUGCCUUAGAAGGAAAAACUGUGACACUCGAGAUUCUGGGUUCCAAUAGAAAUGUGUUGUUUGUGUGAUGUACAUGUAAUUGCAGAUUUUGCUUCAGAAGUGUGCACAGACAGAAUACAAGAAAUGGCGAUAACUCUGGUCAGAGGGGCAUAUAAAGAUCGGUAGAUGGGGGAACUGGAUUUAAUUCCCGCGAUACCAAAGGGCAGUGUUCCUCAGCCAGUGGUUCACAGAUCACUGCCGCUCCGUGGCUUAAUUUGUUCUCGUUCGCUAAUUCUGUGCAGUGUUGCACUGUAUGUAUUUAAAAACUGGUGAAAUUACUGUUCCGAAGUAGCGAGUAAUUUAUUUUUCACCAACUCGGUGGUUAAUGUCGAGGAACAUUAUUACAUUUCCAUCUCUCCCCGCCCCUUUUCCUGUUUAACAUCCGUUUUAAUAAUAUCCAGAGUCACUGUAAAGUUUGAAUGAGAUUUUACUCGCAUAUUGAAAAUUAAGCACUGUUGACGGAUGUCACAAACAACUUCUGGUGUUGAAAUAUUAAAUUAUUUAAAUGCAACAUUUGGAUGAAUAUUUUUUAUUUCUCUCACUUCACAGUGGAAGGGCUAAUGUCCGUAAACAAUAAUUUGGUGACUUGUGUAGGGUUUUAAAUGUAAAUUGGAGUUUUUAGCUUUUAUGUACUGUAACAUUCUCAGUUGCAGGGGUCAGUUCACGUAUUGUAAUAAUUUACAGUUGGACUAAAAGACUUCGAAAUGCGUGAAGGAGUCAACUAUAAAUAUUACUUGAGGGAGAUUUGUCUGUAAUGUGCUUUAAUAAAUUGAAAGACUGGUUUCAAGUUAAAUGUAUUCUUGAUCAUGUGUGUAUGAAGGAAAUGUAAUGUAAUCUGUUCUUUCAAAAAUUUUGUUGUUUUUAUUUUUACCGUGUUGUUUUUGGAAUGUUUUUGUGUUACGUGUGUAUGUCCUGUACAAGACUUAGGAAAUGUAAUGUCGAUGUACUGAAUUAUUUUACAUUAUUUUAUUUUGCGAUUUCUGUUAGAGUUCUGAAGGAACCGUAUUCUUUUAGGAAAAUGUAAACUAACAAUGUGGUGACUACAUAAAGAAUUUUAGUUUGA